AUGAUGCAUCAUCCACACUUCAUCGGAGGAGAGAAGGACAUGAGUGUUGUGAAUUCCAAAGAUGAUUCAUCGGAAACAAACACAGAAAAUAAUAAUAAUAACCAACAAGAAGGAGUGGCAUUGCAUUCCAGUAGUAUGAAUGAAUCUUUUCAAUGUGCAUCACCAUCAACAAGGAACGACACGACCAAUGAUGAACAAAAAAAUCAAGAAUUCAUAUUACUCGAACAAAGAAUUUCUACAAUGGAUAUAAAUGGUAAUUCUAGUACAUGUAAUUUACCCCGUAAACAACAACAACAAGAACCAACAAAACGUGAAAAUGCAACUAGUCAAGAUCAUCAACCACCAUCAUCAUUACAAAAAGACUCACAAGAACUGUUAGAAGAAAAUAAUCUUGGUCAGCAUGACGAUGAGUCCAAACAAGAAAAUCUUCAACAACAAGAACCUUCUUCGACAGAGCCACUUGAAAAACCAUCAGAUUCUGUUACAUCUCUAUCAUCAAAUAAUUUACAAGCAUCCAACACGUUCACAGCACUUCCUGCAAUCACUGCACCAACGACCAUGAUGCAUUCCUCGAGCAGUUCAAAUGCAAUUCUAACACCUCGUUCUCAAGCUCUCAUGGACAAACGUAGGAAUACUCUCAGCAUUCAACCUUAUUUUGUACAUAAGAGAGGUUCACAAGAAUUACCAGAGUUAAUUCCUCCAACGAAUCCGUAUCGAAAAAUUGCCACUCUUUCAAAUUUAAAAGUGUCUGUGAAUCAACCACAAGAAACGACUAGCUGUAAUAAUAAUAACAGCCCAUCGACGAGUACCAAAGUAACCUCCAUGCAUGCAUUGACAACAACAUUGUCACCUUCUUCACAUCAUACGUCUUGUAAUUUUUCAACACCGAUACCAGUAACGAAUGGAAAUGUUGGAGUGGUGUCAACUUCAAAUGUAAAAUCUCCAACGAGUUCACCCACUCUUGUCAACAACACUUCAAUCUUAAAUUUAUCUUCCAAUACUAAUUCACCCCAUCAAGAUUCUUCGUAUUUAAAAUUUAGACAAGCCUUAGAAAAUGAUGAUUAUUCGCUCAUUGAUUUUGGAAUGGAAGUGAAUAGUGCUCAAACCAGUGCUUCAGAAAUUACAUUUCCAGUUCCCAAAACAACAUCUGUGGAACAAAUGAAUCGAGGAACUGCUUUUUAUGGAGCUGAAAAAUUGGGAUCUCAACAAGGAAAUUAUUAUUUCAACCAUCCACAAACAUCCACUGUGGAAUCAUGUCGAAAGAAUUCAGUCAUUGAUGAUUCACUUUCAGAUAAUGGAUAUUCUCCACCGACAGAAAUUACUCGACACUAUGAAUUGUAUAUUAUUUGUAUAGGAGAUUUGGAUCAUUGUCUUGUAAAUAACAUGUUAAAAACAGUAGGAGGACACAUGUACACGACGAAUCGACAAGUGAGCUUUAUUUUGAAGAAUACGAGCGAAAAGGUGACUUUUACUUUCAAUUUUUAUUCUCAAUUUAAUUGGUACUUGAUGGAUUUUUUGAAAGAUGAAGCCAAGGAUUGUCAUGGAAUGCUCUUUCUAUUUAACAUUACUCACACCGAAGGAUGGAAUGAGCUCAAACAAAUCAUUGCACAAAAAUACAUUAAUGUUCCUGAUUUCACCAAACCCUCACUCGUGUUAGGAACAUAUAGUCACUCGAAUCGUAAACCCAGUGUAGUCGAUACUUCACAAGUCAUUAGUGCAAUUGAUAAAUGGAAAGAAAAACAAAUAGUGACCUAUCUUGAGAUUGAUGUUGAAGAUAAAGAUGAAUGUAAAAUGGCACUCACUCAUCUCGCAACAGCCAUCAUUCAGAAUUUGACAGAAAAGGGAAAAAAAGAAAACACCCAUCGAGCACGAGGGAAUUUGAUAUUUUCAAAAAUUUGUGGAUCUGUUUCUGAUGCUGAUUAA